AUGGCACUAUCCGAGCUGCUGGGCGCCGUGGCGUGGGGGCGCGUCGCGGGAUACUCUGUGCUGCUGUUGGUGGCGUGCUUCGUCGUCGACUUUGCGACGCUGCCACGCUGCCCGGAGCAAAUCCCUGCCUUUGGCUUUGGUCAUGGAAUCUGGGCCCAUCUGAGGAAUAGCAUUGCCUAUUUUACGAGCCACAAAGCAUGGGUCGAGGAGGGCUACGCCAAGUAUAAUAAGAAGGGAUUACCCUUUGCCGUCCCGGCCGCCAUCUCACGCCACGCGGACAUUGUGUUGCCGCAAUCCCUUGUCUCGUGGCUGGUUGAGCAGCCGGACGACGUGCUGAGCGCACACCGAGCGCACAACGAAAUUCUUUACGGCGACUACAACUUCCUCAGCCGCAAGGUCGCUCACGAUGGCUUCGGCGGCCGCGUCGUCCACAAGUCGCUACCGCGCAACUUGCCGGGCCUCAUCCCGGCCGUCGACGACGAGAUUCAACACGCGGCGGGCCUGGCGCUGGGCCACGUCACCGAGGACGAGUGGGUGAGCGUCAAUCUAUGGGACCUUUGGCUCGAGAUUGUGCCGCGCGUCACAAACAUGAUGCUCGCUGGCCGCGCCGUCAGCCGCGACGAAGGCUUCCUCAAGGCCAUGGUGGCUUUUACCGACACCGUUGUCCGCAACUGCAUUCUUUUGGGGCUGUGUCCGCGGGCCCUGCACCCGUUCGUCGGCCGCCUUCUGGCCAUACCCAACUGGCUGCAAUGGCGGCGGGCGCACCGAACUGUCGGCCCCGUCAUCGAGAAGCGGCUCGAGGACAUGGGCCGCAUGGCGCGCGGGGACCUGGAGUACAAAGACUGGGCUGCGCCCGAGGACUUCAUCACCUGGCUGAUCCGGCUGGCCAUGAAAGAGGGCCGGACGUCGGACUUGGACCCCAUCACCAUUUCGCUGCGGCUGCUGCCGCUCGAGUUUGCCUCAAUUCACACGACGGUGCUGACGGGCCACUCGUGGAUGUUGGACCUGCUGUCGACGCCGCCCGAGGAGGGCAUCCUCGAUGUGCUGGGCGCCGAGGUGCGCGCGCACAUGCCGGCGUCGCCGGGGGGCGCGUGGACAAAGGCGGCGCUGGCGUCGCUCAUGCGGCUCGACUCGUCGAUCCGCGAGUCGCAGCGCGUCAGCAACUUUGCCGACACGCUCAUCGAGCGCGUCGUUGUGGCGCCGCGCGGCCUGCGGCAUCCGGACUUUGACUGGACGCUGCCCCGGGGCGCCUUUGUCACCGUCAACCUCGAGGGCACCCACCACGACGACGACCUGCACUCCAACGCCCGCGCCUACGACCCGCUGCGCUUUGCCCGCAUCCGCGAGGGCGCCCGUGGCGCGAGGGCCCUGGGCAUGGUGACGACGAGCGAUCGGCACUUUGCCUUUGGCCACGGGAGACACGCAUGCCCUGGACGCUUCUUUGUUGCGCACGAGCUCAAGCUCAUCAUGGCGCACCUGCUCCUCAACUACGACUUCAAGAGCCUACCGCAGCGGCCACAGCCCCGCUGGAUCGGCGCCACCAACAUCCCACCGCUCGGGGCGCGCAUUGAGAUUCGGCGUAAGAGGACAGACGAGUCGGAAAUCCCGAAACGAGACAGCUAG